AUGUCGCUCACUCCGACCGCGCUCCGUCUCCUGUCCCGAGAGAUCGUUACACUCCGCAAGGAGCCGCCUGAGGGCGUUCGCAUUGUUGUCGACGAGGACGACUUGAGCGAGCUCGAAGGCUGGGUUCAGGGCCCUGCUGGAACGCCGUAUGAGGGAGGAUACUUCAGGAUCCGCUUCGACUUUGGUCCAGAGUACCCCAACCUGCCUCCGAAAUGCACUAUGAUGACCAAGAUCUUCCACCCCAAUGUGUCCAAAUCGGGUGAGAUUUGCGUUGACACGUUGAAGAAGGCGUGGAAGCGAGAGUACGGCGUUGGGCAUGUACUUGUGACCAUCAAGUGCCUUUUGAUCUACCCCAAUCCCGAGAGCGCUCUGGAUGAGGAAGCUGGAAAGCAGCUCCUGGCCGACUAUGAGGGGUACUGCAAGUACGCAAAGCUCCUUACCGGCAUCCACGCUACGUCGAAGCUGCCCCCGGCGCCAUUCCGCGACGCCAAGGCGCGCCCUACGUCAACGCUACUCCCCUCGCCGCCGGCGCACACACCCGCCACUGCCAGCCCCAGCCCUCAGCCGCCGAGCCCACACAAGCAGCAGCAGGCGCAGCUAGACGCUCCCCGUCCGGCCCCGCUCGGCACGUACGCCCGUCAGGAGACGAGCCCUGCGCCUCCGUCAGUGCCGGAGAUCAAGAAGACCGUGCCGGCAAAGAAGCCGCCCGCGGCAAAGGCGAAGCGCGGCCUGAAGCGUCUGUAA